GGUUUGACGUUGACAGUUCAAUAAAUUGGUUUAAAACUUAUCGGUGUCGUCAAUGUUUGUUCUCACAUACGUAAUGAGAAAGAAUUUAAGUUAACGUUAGAAAUUGAAUACUGGGGGCAUCAUUAACGAUACAAAAUCGAAAGAAUAUACAACGAAAAUCGAAGUGGCUGUGUACGCGUUUUUGAAUCGCUAUGCUUUGGAUGAUGAAAAAGAGGUUCAUUAAAAGAAGUACAAACCUAAACAAGCAUUAUGAAACAAACUAGUUUUACCGACAAUGCAAUUAUAACCGCUCUUUAUGCAUCAAUCAUUCCAACUAUACUCUACCUUUUAUACAGAGCGGAUGUAAUCGCCUUUGCAUCAUUCAAACUUGGUUGUUUACUAUGUUUUUUACUAUUUGUGAUACUACCCCUCGUUUACAAGUUCUCUUACAAAAUUCAACAAAGCGUUGUCUUUUUAAAUUUUGUAAGUAUCCCAAAAAAUCCGGAUUAUGGGAACCCAGCGAGAUACGAAAUUCAAGGUGUUCGCAAUUUUUAUCUUCAAACAGAUGACAAUAUGAUGCUCGGAGUUUGGCAGAUUCUUUCUGAUGGGGUAGCAAACGAUACCAGUGAAUUUGAAAAUCCCGAAUUUUACGAGCGUGCUUUAAGAAAUGGCGAUAACGUUAUUCUUUAUAAUCACGGCAAUUCCGGACAUAGAGUUGCGUCUCAUCGAAUUGAGUUGUAUAAAGUUUUAAGGAAACGUUUUCACGUUAUUGCUUAUGAUUAUAGAGGAUAUGGUGAUUCUUCUGAUGUAAACCCUACCGAAAAGGGAUUAGUUAAGGACUGUAUUUUUAUGUAUAAAUGGCUCAAGAAUAAAACCUCAGGGAAAAUAUUUGUGUGGGGUCAUUCGUUAGGUACGGGGUUAUCUACUCAUAUGAUAGCAAUAUUAGGUAAAGAAGGUAUUGUUCCUUCUGGGUUAAUAUUAGAAAGUCCAUUUACUAGUAUGAGAGAAGAAAUUAGUGAACAUCCUUUAGCACAAAUUUUUAAACCUCUACCUUGGUUUCAUUACACAGUUGUUGAACCAAUGCAAGUGAAUAAUUUUACAUUUGCCAGUGAUCGACAUAUUAUGAAUGUGGACUGUUCUAUUUUAAUUUUACACGCUGAAGAUGACAGAGUGGUACCUUAUAAAUUGGGAUAUAAAUUGUAUCAAUUAGCUUCGGAAUAUCGUAAACCCAGUCAAGGUACCAUAAAAUUUAUUGGAUUUCCAAAAAAACUAAGUUAUGGACACAAAUAUAUUUGUAGAGAUCCAGAAUUAUUAAAUUUUUUAAAGGAUUUUGAAAGCAGCGCUCUUAAUGAAGCAGAAGAGAAAAAAUUAUGAAUGUUAUUCUGUAAUUAAAAUAAUUACAAAGUGUGACGGUAUU